AUGAUCUCCGACCUCGCCGGCGGCGGCGGCAGCAGCGACCACGGCGGCGGCGUCAUCGUCACUACCGAUUCGUCUCAGCAGCAACCCUUCUUCCUUCCCUACGACUCGGGCUCCUUCACGGGCUACUGGACACCCUCCUCCCCUUCCCACGCCGAGAGCCUCCUCCGAACAGGCUACCUGACCGCCACAGAUGACUUCAAACAGCCCCUGUGCGGAAACGAGGAGGGCUGGGGCCCCCUGAGCCGUAUCCGCUACGACUUUACGCCGUGCUUCAUUGAUGUCUGGGUGGCCUCCGUUGCGGCAUUUGGAGUCUUGUUUGGCCUAAUUGCUGUGUUGUGGCUGCUCAAGAGAAGGAAGCCCAAGGAGGUUGCCAAGGGUCUGCAUUUCUGGGCCAAGCAGAGCCUUCUUGUCCUCGUCAUUGCCGACUUCGUUGUGCAGCUGGUCAUACAGAUUCUCAACUACCCUCAGAUAUGGUUUGGCGACUUCCGGGUCUGGACCACUGCCCUCACGAUCGUAUCCCUCGGCGUCAUCUUCACGAUCCAAUGGCUCGAACACGCGCGCCUCCGUAACGCCAACGGCGUAGUUCUCCUCUACUGGCUCUUCCUGUUGAUCGUCCUAGCCGUCAAGCUGCGAUCGCUCGUUUCACAGCAGCUCUUCAUCUCGAACCGCAGCUAUUUCAUCACAUACUGUGUGGGAUUCGGGGUCGCGGUCGCAGCCUUUCUCGUCGAGUGGUGGUGGCCAAGGCGGAGCGGUCAGUACGAAGCCCUGGUCGACGAGGAGGAGGAAGAAGAGUGCCCAUCUGAGUACGCGACCAUCUUCUCGCGGCUGACCUUCUCGUGGAUGACACCGCUCAUGAAAUUCGGCUAUAAGAACUACCUGACCGAGGAGGACCUGUGGGCACUGCAGAAGACGGACACGAGCAGGGCGACGGGGGAGGCCUUCGAGAGCGCCUGGCGCCACGAGAUCGAGACCCGUGAGCACCCCUCGAUGUGGCUCGCCCUGUUCCGUGCUUACGGGGGGCCUUACGCCUUGGCUGCCAUAUUCAAGUCCGGCAACGACGUGGCGCAAUUCAUGCAGCCGCAGCUGCUGCGGCUUCUCAUCGCGUUUGUGGGCUCGUACAGCGUGGGUCGGGAGCCAGAGCCUGUGAUCAAGGGCGCCGCCAUCGCACUGGCCAUGUUUUCCGUUGCCGUCUUCCAGACGGCCAUGCUGCAUCAAUACUUCCAGGGCGCCUUCGUUACAGGCAUGCGCAUCAAGGGUGGUCUCACCAAUGCCAUCUACCGGAAGGCGCUGAAGUUGUCUAACGAGGGACGUUCAUCCAAGUCGACGGGCGACAUCGUCAACUACAUGGCCGUCGACGCACAGCGUCUGCAGGACCUCACCCAGUUCGCCCAGCAAACGUGGUCCGCCCCCUUCCAGAUCAUCAUCUGCAUGGUCUCGCUGCACCAGCUGGUUGGCUGGUCCAUGAUGGCCGGCGUGGGCGUCAUGCUCGCCAUGGUUCCGCUCAACGGCCUCGUUGCCCGCUUUAUGAAGAAGCUGCAGAAGACCCAGAUGAAGAACAAGGACACCCGCUCUCGCCUGAUUGCCGAGAUCGUGGCCAUGAUGAAGUCCAUCAAGCUGUACAGCUGGGGCGCCGCUUUCAUGAACAAGCUCAACUACGUGCGUAAUGAGCAGGAGCUCAAGACACUGCGCAAGAUCGGCGCCGCCCAGGCCGUCGCCAACUUCACCUGGAGCACCACGCCCUUCCUGGUUUCGUGUAUCACCUUUACCGUCUUUGUGCUCACCCACGACGAACCCCUCACGACUGAGAUCAUCUUCCCGGCCCUGACACUGUUCAAUUUGUUGUCUUUCCCGCUCGCCGUCUUCCCCAUGGUUAUCUCCUCCAUCGUCGAGGCUACCGUCGCCGUGGGCCGCCUGACCGAAUACCUGACCUCCGAGGAGCUGCAGUCCGAUGCGAUCGUCAUCAAGCCUCCUGUCGAGGAGAUCGGUGAGGAGACCAUCUCGGUCAGGGACGGGACGUUUUCGUGGAACCGCCAUGAGGAGGGGAAGAACGUCUUGCACGACAUCACCUUCUUUGCCAGCAAGGGAGAACUCUCCUGUGUCGUAGGUAGGGUGGGCAGCGGCAAGUCAUCCUUCCUUCAGAGCAUCCUUGGCGACCUGUUCAAGAUCAAGGGCAGCGUUACCGUGCACGGCAACGUCGCGUACGUCGCUCAGCAGCCCUGGAUUAUGAACGCCACGGUCAAAGAGAACAUCGUCUUUGGCUACAGGUACGACUCCACCUUCUACGAGAAGACUAUCAAGGCGUGCGCGCUGCUGGAUGACUUCAAUGUGCUACCCGAUGGAGAUGAGACGGUCGUAGGGGAGCGCGGCAUCUCGCUGUCGGGUGGCCAGAAGGCGCGUGUCGCACUGGCACGAGCUGUCUACUCAAGGGCGGACAUCUUCCUGCUGGAUGACGUGCUGUCUGCCGUCGAUGCGCAUGUCGGGAAACACAUUACUGAUGAGGUGCUGGGCCCCAAGGGUCUGCUGGCUUCCAAGACACGGAUCCUGGCAACGAAUGCGAUCCCCGUGCUGGCCGUGUCUGACCACAUCGUCAUGCUGCGAGACGGCGGGAUUGUCGAGCAAGGUACUCUGGAGCAGCUGCUGGCCAUGCGCGGUCUCGUCGCGGACCUUUACAAGUCUGCUGGUCAGGACUCGGGACCCUCGACCUCGGGACCGGCUGCUCCCGAGAGGCCUGGAAGCUCCUCUUCGGACAGCGCCAUGACGCUCGAGGAGACCCAGGAGAAGGAUGACGAGAUGGAAGAGGCCCAAGAGAACCUCCCUGCGCUGGAAUCCAUCCGACCUGGGCCACGCACCGGCGCGCCCAAACCCCGAACAGACAGCUUUGCCACACUACGGAGAGCCAGCACCGCGAGUUUCCGAGGGCCCAGGGGCAAGCUCACGGACGAGGAGACUGCACCCUCCAAGACGAGGCAGGCCAAGGAGCAUCAGGAGCAAGGCAAGGUCAAGUGGUCCGUCUACGGUGAAUAUGCCAAGAUGAACGACCCGCUGGCCGUGUGCGUCUACCUGGUUGCGUUGUUGGCGGCCCAGUGCGCUCAGAUCGCCGGCAACGUGUGGCUCAAGGACUGGGCCGAGACGAACACGAAGGCGGGCGGCAACCCUGAUGUCGCCAAGUACAUCGGCAUCUACUUUGCCUUUGGCAUCGGCUCUUCGACACUGACCGUGUGCCAGACGCUCAUCCUGUGGAUCUUCUGCAGCAUCGAGGCCAGCCGGAAGCUGCAUGAGCGCAUGGCCAAGGCCAUCUUCCGCAGCCCCAUGUCCUUUUUCGACACCACCCCGGCGGGCCGGAUCCUGAACAGGUUUUCGUCUGACAUUUAUCGCGUGGACGAGGUUCUGGCCAGGACCUUCAACAUGCUGUUUGUAAACGUGGCCAAGUCAGGAUUUACGCUUGCGGUCGUGUCCUUCACGACGCCUGCCUUCAUCGGCCUGAUCAUCCCGCUGGGGGCCAUGUACAUCUGGAUCCAGCGGUACUACCUGCGGAGCUCCCGAGAGCUUAAGCGGCUGGACAGCGUCAGCCGUAGCCCCAUCUACGCGCAUUUCCAAGAAUCGCUGGGCGGCAUCUCAACCAUUCGGGCGUACCGUCAGCAGCAGAGGUUCCUGCUGGAGAACGAGUGGCGGGUGGACGCCAACCUGAAGGCCUUCUUCCCGUCCAUCAGCGCCAACAGGUGGCUGGCCAUCCGGCUCGAGUUCAUCGGCGCGGUGGUCAUCCUUGCAUCUGCAGGAUUUAGCAUCAUAUCGGUCACGAGCCACAGCGGCCUCAGCGAGGGGAUGGUGGGUCUCGCCAUGUCCUACGCGCUGCAGAUUACCUCAUCCCUCAACUGGAUCGUGCGCCAGACGGUCGAGGUCGAGACGAACAUUGUCUCGGUGGAGCGGGUGCUCGAGUAUGCCCGGCUCCCCAGCGAGGCGCCCGAGAUCAACCCGAGGAACCGGCCGGCCGCGAGCUGGCCUGCGAAUGGGGCGAUCCACUUCAACAACUACAGCGCGCGGUACCGCGAGGGCCUGGACCUGGUGCUGAAGAACAUCAAGCUCGACAUCAAGUCGCACGAGAAGAUCGGCGUAGUGGGCCGCACAGGGGCGGGCAAAUCAAGCCUGACGCUUGCUCUGUUUAGACUGAUCGAGCCGGCCACUGGAAACAUCACCAUCGACAAUCUCAACACGUCAAGCAUAGGUCUACUGGAUCUGCGGCGGCGCCUUGCCAUUAUACCGCAGGAUGCCGCUCUUUUUGAAGGAACAGUGCGUGACAACCUAGACCCGGGUCACGUCCAUGAUGAUACCGAGCUGUGGAGCGUCCUCGAGCACGCCCGGUUGAAAAGCCAUGUCGCAAGUAUGGACGGCGGGCUGGAGGCAAAGAUACACGAAGGCGGCUCGAACCUCUCACAGGGCCAGAGGCAGCUUGUGUCCCUGGCGCGCGCCAUGCUCACGCCAUCGAACAUCCUCGUGCUGGACGAGGCCACGGCCGCCGUGGACGUAGAGACGGACGCGAUGCUACAGCAGACCCUACGCAGCCCGCUAUUUGCACACCGGACCAUCAUCACAGUGGCCCACCGCAUCAACACUAUCCUGGACUCGGACCGCGUCGUGGUCCUUGAUAAAGGUGAGGUUGCCGAGUUUGGCACGCCGGCGGACCUGAUUGCGCAGCGGGGUAUCUUCCACUCGCUGGUGAAGCAGGCGGGGCUAGAGAAGGAGGUGGUGGUGAGCGGCGGGAAUGGGGUGGAUGGGUAGUAUAGUCAAGCCACCCAGUCCGUCAAGUCAGUCAGUCAGUCAGUCACGUCUGCAGGGGCUAUUCUUUCGUUGCAGACCAAACCAAAAGAGGAUUUGAAGAGGGUGGGUGGGCACAGAGUUGCCGAUGGACAAACAGGCCGACAGACAGGACGGUAGACAGCAGGGAAGACGGGAUGGAUGGAUGGAUGGGGUCAAUGCAUUGUAGUGUAAGAUUCAGAGCAAAAUUCGUAGGGGGGCGGGCAGGCCAAAAAUCCGUCCAAACUAUCUACGUACAAAAAACAAAGAAAAGAAAAAUAGAAGAAAAAAAAUAACAUUUACAUACAUACGUACUAU